UGCGAAUAGACAAUAACUUCAGCCUCGUGAGGGGAGGAGGGUCAGUCAGUCAGUUAGUCAGGUGAGACCAGAGGAGGACAGGAGACGGGUGUCUUCUCUGCCGAAUUCCUGACAGGGUUUGAUGACAUUGUGCCCAGGACCAUGUUGUCGUAUGAAGACGCUAAAGUGAAAUUAGACUCCGCGGGUCAGAGUCACGUCCUGCGGUUCUGGCCCGAGCUUUCGGCUGAGGACAGGGACGCGUUUCUGGCCGAGCUGUCUCAGCUGGAGCCCGGAGAGCUGGUGAGACACUGCCGGAGCGCCGCCGAGGCCGCGAGACAGAGCUCGGGUGAGGAGGAGCGGCUGUGCGGGCGCAUGGAGCCGGUAGAGCGCGAGUUCAUCGGCGGAGUGCGGAGAAGUGAUCCGGGCUCACUGCAGGAGUGGGAGGAGGAAGGUUUUUCACAGAUAGCUCAAAACAAAGUGGCCGUGCUGCUGUUAGCUGGUGGGCAGGGAACCAGACUCGGAGUUCCGUAUCCUAAAGGAAUGUAUGACGUCGGGCUGCCAAGUGGCAAAACAUUGUAUCAGAUCCAAGCAGAGCGUAUUCGGAAGUUGCAGAACCUGGCAAGCGAGAAAUUUGGUCUCAAGUGCACAGUGCCUUGGUAUAUAAUGACCAGCGAGUUCACCCUGGAGCCCACAGAGAAAUUUUUCAAAGAGAACGGCUACUUUGACUUGGAUCCUUCCAAUGUGGUGAUGUUCGAGCAGAGGAUGAUUCCAGCUGUUGACUUUGAUGGGAAGAUUAUUCUGGAAAAGAAGAAUAAGAUAGCCAUGGCUCCAGAUGGAAAUGGAGGCCUUUAUCGCGCUCUUGUAGACAACAAGGUCUUAGAGGAUAUGGAGAGAAGGGGGGUGCAGUAUAUUCAUGUCUACUGUGUUGAUAACAUCCUGGUUAAACUGGCUGAUCCACUGUUUAUUGGCUUCUGUGUGAAGAAAGGAGCCGACUGUGGUGCUAAGGUGGUAGAAAAGGCGUAUCCAUCCGAGCCUGUGGGUGUAGUAUGCCGUGUAGAUGGCAUGUACCAGGUGGUGGAAUACAGCGAGCUGGAGCCUGAGACAGCAGAGCAGCGCCAUCCUGGGGGAGAGCUCGUGUACAAUGCUGGAAACAUCUGCAACCAUUUCUUCACCAGAGACUUUCUAUUGGAGGUGGCCCUGAAUUAUCAGGACCAGUUGAAGCAGCAUGUAGCCAUCAAGAAAGUGCCGUUUGUGGAUGAAGGAGGGAACUUUGUGAAACCGACAAAACCAAAUGGAAUAAAAAUGGAGAAGUUUGUCUUCGACGUCUUCCAGUUUUCAAAAAAAUUUGUUGCGUUUGAGGUUCUCAGGGAGGACGAGUUCUCACCGCUGAAAAAUGCGGAUGGUGCGCCUGUUGAUACUCCGACCACAGUGAGGCGCUCUCUGCUGGCUCAGCACUAUCGCUGGGCAUUGCAAGCCAAGGCCGUGUUCCUUGAUGAGCACGACAACCCCAUCACUUCAGAAUGCAGGGCGGCUCAGGAUGGUGAUCCUCCAGCGGUGUGUGAAAUUUCUCCACUUGUGUCUUAUUUUGGAGAGGGCCUGGAGAAUCUGCUCAAGCACAAGAACUUGAAAUCUCCAUUUCUGCUUGACGACAACAACGUGAAGAAUUAAAUAAAUAGAUCAGGUUAUUUUCUUUUCAGGAUCUUUUUUUUAUAUUCAGACCAGUCACUUUGGAAUAAGGGAACUGAAACAUAAAACAUUGUCUGUACAAGGGAUAUAUAUUUUUUAAUAUAGUCCAUGUGUUUACAUGCAUUAUUAUACAGUCAUGACGUUUGAAACUUCUACUUGAUAUAUCAAUGGAAUCAACUGAAAAGCAACUUUAAUAAAUGAUCUAUUCUUCAUCAAUUCA